GGCGAUGACACGGCGCCCGCGGCGGCCCCGAGGCGCCGGGCGGGCCGUUUGCUGACCGGAUCGCGGCUGCCCGCCAGCGUGUCCGCCGCGCCGCCGCCAGCAUGGGCUGCGCCCCGAGCAUCCCCGUUUCCGAGGGCCGGGCGGCGUACCACGGCGGCAAGGAGGCCGAGGACGCGCCGGGCGCGGACGCGCCGCCGCCCGCCGGGCCGCGCCUCCCUCCCGGCCCGAAGACCACCGCCUCGCCCGGGGCCCGCGGCGCCGGCCUCGCGGAGUCCGAACCUCGCGAAGGCGGCGGCAGGAAGGUAGCAAUAGCUGACGUGCAGUUUGGCCCCAUGAGAUUUCAUCCAGAUCAACUCCAGGUACUUUUAGUGUUUACCAAAGAAGAUAACCAGUGUAAUGGAUUCUGCAGGGCGUGUGAAAAAGCAGGGUUUAAGUGCACAGUUACCAAGGAGGCGCAGGCUGUCCUCGCAUGUUUCCUGGACAAACAUCACGACAUCAUCAUCAUAGACCACAGAAACCCCCGACAGCUGGAUGCAGAGGCGCUGUGCAGGUCUAUUAGGUCAUCAAAACUCUCUGAAAACACAAUUAUCAUUGGUGUAGUACGCAGGACGGAUAGAGAAGAGUCCUCUGUGAUGCCCCUCAUUGCUGCUGGCUUUACGAGGAGGUAUGUGGAAAACCCCAGCCUCAUGGCCUGUUACAACGAACUGCUCCAGCUGGAGUUCGGAGAGGUGCGCUCCCAGCUGAAACUCAGGGCUUGUAACUCAGUAUUCACCGCAUUGGAGAAAAGUCAAGAAGCAGUGGAAAUCACAAGUGAAGACCAUGUUAUACAGUACGCGAACCCUGCAUUUGAAACAACCAUGGGCUAUCAGGCAGGCGAAUUAAUAGGGAAGGAGCUUGCAGAGGUGCCUAUAAAUGAAAAGAAGGCUGAUUUGUUCGAUACUAUAAAUUCAUGCAUCAGGAUAGGCAAGGAGUGGCAAGGAAUUUACCAUGCCAAAAAGAAAAACGGAGACAGUGUCCAACAGAACGUGAAGAUAAUACCUGUCAUCGGACAGGGAGGAAAAAUUAGACACUAUGUGUCCAUUAUCAGAGUGUGCAGUGGCAACAAUAAGGCUGAGAAACGAAGUGAAAGUGUUCAGUCUGACCCUCACACAGAUAAUCAGUCAGGCAAACAUAAAGACAGAAGGAAAAGCUCGCUAGAUGUCCGAGCUGUUGCCUCUCGAGCAAGUGAAGGCAGCAGCCAGAGACGGCACUCCUCCAUGGCCCGGAUACAUUCCAUGACGAUCGAGGCACCCAUCACCAAGGUAAUCAACAUUAUCAACGCCGCCCAGGAAAGCAGCCCCAUGCCUGUGACAGAAGCCUUAGACCGUGUGCUGGAAAUUCUGAGAACCACUGAAUUAUAUUCGCCGCAGUUCGGUGCUAAGGACGAUGAUCCCCAUGCCAAUGACCUUGUUGGGGGCUUAAUGUCUGAUGGUUUGCGAAGACUAUCCGGGAAUGAAUACGUUCUUUCAACAAAAAGCCUGCAGCAGCCGCCCAGCAGCAUCGUCACCCCCACCUCCCUCCACGACGUCCCUCUCCGGAUCGCUCGGGCCAUGGAAAACGAGGAGUACUGGGACUUCGAUAUUUUUGAACUGGAGGCCGCCACACAUAAAAGGCCUUUGAUUUAUCUCGGUCUCAAAAUGUUUGCGCGCUUUGGGGUCUGUGAAUUCUUGAACUGCUCUGAGGCGACGCUGAGGUCAUGGCUGCAAAGUAUCGAAGCCAAUUACCAUUCGUGUAACCCCUACCACAACUCCACGCACGCUGCCGACGUGCUUCACGCCACUGCCUAUUUCCUUUGCAAAGAGAGGAUAAAGCAAACAUUAGAUCCAGUUGACGAGGUCGCUGCCCUCAUUGCAGCCACCGUCCACGACGUGGACCACCCCGGCAGGACCAACUCCUUCCUGUGCAACGCCGGCAGCGAGCUGGCCAUCCUGUACAACGACACGGCCGUGCUGGAGAGCCACCACGCGGCCCUGGCCUUCCAGCUGACCGCCCGCGAUGACAAAUGCAAUAUCUUCAAAAACAUGGAGAGGAAUGACUAUCGGACGCUGCGCCAGGGUAUUAUCGACAUGGUCUUAGCCACGGAAAUGACAAAGCACUUCGAGCAUGUCAACAAAUUUGUCAACAGCAUCAACAAGCCCCUGGCGGCGCUAGAAGAAAACAGGGAAAUGAAUAAAGAUGAAGAAGCCAUAAACACCACCCUCCGGACUCCAGAGAACCGGACUCUGAUGAAACGGAUGCUGAUCAAGUGUGCAGACGUGUCCAACCCCUGCCGGCCGCUGGAGCAGUGCAUUGAGUGGGCCGCGCGCAUAUCAGAAGAGUAUUUUUCUCAGACGGACGAGGAGAAGCAGCAGGACCUGCCUGUGGUGAUGCCGGUUUUCGACAGACACACGUGCAGCAUCCCCAAGUCCCAGAUCUCCUUCAUCGACUACUUCAUCACCGACAUGUUCGACGCCUGGGACGCCUUCGUGGACCUGCCUGAGCUAAUGCAGCAUCUUGACAACAACUUCAAAUACUGGAAAGGCCUGGACGAAAUGCAGCUGCGGAGCCUCCGACCACCCACCGAAUAGCGCGUCGCCGCCCGCAGCUCGGCCCGUCCGCGCCCCCGGACCCGGUCCUUUCAGUAUUAGGCCGAGCAGAGCCUGGGAACGCACGCGGGGACACCGCCGGCCUUGCGUAGCCACCGGCCGACGCCAUCGCCACAAAGCGCGACCUCGUCUGCAGCCGGCCCGCCGCGGGGGCUCUCGGGAAAGUCCCGGGCGAGCCGGUUUGCGCCAGCUUUCCUCACAGCGACCUUGGCGGACCCUGCGAGCGACCUUGGCGGAUUUCUUGUUGCACACAGCUGCCCCCGCCGGCCGCAGUGGGAGUUGCAGCAGCUUUCUCCUCACCCUGGGAGGUGCAGGCGCUCACUCUGGAACACUACUGAACGUGACUUCUCUUUUGAAACGGAGUAGCAAAUGAAAAAUACCAAGAAAUUUUGAAGUUGAUUAUUAGAUACAAAGAAAUUUCGAAGUUGAUUAAUAUCCAUUAAAAUGGUUUAUUUAUUUUAUUAGAAGUUCAAUAUUUUCUAUGAAUUUUAAAAUACUUCAAAGCCAAAGCCAACUUUAAAUGCCAUGACCAAAUUCACGUGAUUCAUAUGCGUUAAAUGUGUAUUUCUUGGGUGUACAGACUUAUUUUCAUAAUGCAAAUUAAAAAUAUAAAAUGACA